GCCAAUCGGUUCUCACUUCUUCCAGAACCUUAACAGUUGUUCACAAAUAAAGAUGGACAUGGAAGGCUUAUCUGUGAUCUGCGCGGGUCUCGGUAUGGUUGAAGAGGACGAACGAGGCAAUCGGAUUAGCUAUUGCAAGGGCGAGUACUGUUUAGAUAAUUUAAAGGAUUUGCUGAGAUUCUUGAGGCGUGACGAUCCACAAACGCGAGAAGUGUUUAAGCAAGUCUGUAAAUGGAACAUUGUGUCUAAAGAUUUGAUACCGAUUAUUGAACACUGUCAAGAUGAUCGUAAUCUUGUCUUAAAUGCAGUGAAGGUUUUGGUGUUUUUGACUAUGCCCGUUGAACCUUCAUCCAAUGAUAUUCCUCAACAGAUAGAGUAUCUAUGGGGUUUGAAGUCUUCAAUUACAUGUAGUGACACAGUCCCGGUGAUUGUAUCACUUCUCGAGGGACCCCUAGAAAAUUUGGAAUGUGAAGCAUUCACGGAUGAUGACUGGAAGUUGGUACAAUUAGUUCUGACUUUCUUCCGCAAUGUUCUUGCUGUCCAAGAUAUUCCGCUGCGGCAGAAGGCUGAGGGUUCUGCUAGUCAAUUCAUUUCCUUGAGAGAUGGAUUUCUGGAACUUUUGUUCAAUGAGAAUGUGAUGGACAUAAUUCUUGUGAUAACUCCGCAUGUUGGUGGUUCUUCUGGUUAUUUUCGACAGGACAACUUGCUUUUGCUGGAAAUUUUUCAUUACAUAUUUAUAGGUCAAGAUCCCGAAUUCAUUGCCUCUGCUCAUCAUAAGAGUUCCAAGAUGGGUGAAGAAACGAAGGAUGCUCUUGAUAGUCUCAAAUUACUAAUAGCAGAGGAAGAAGAGAAAAGAAGGCUUUCAAGACUACACCAGAAAAUGGUUCGUCAUUCACAGUUUAGUGGAACAUUUACAAGGCUUACCAUGGAUGGUUCUAAAGCAGUGAUCAAGGGGAACCCCACUUCUGCUUCUCAGAUCCCUGUGCUUAAACCUCAUAAAGGUGGUAAGGGUGUAAGUAAUAAGAUUGUGUGGGAACAUGGAAGCUUACCUUCAACGAAGGAUACUAUUUUAGGGUUGCUCCAUGAUUUUGUGGACCAGUUUCUAUCAGGGAGUUACAAUGUUUUGAUGCAGUCAAUCUGUGAGGAUAUUGAAAAGGAGCAUCAAGCAAUACAGACCAGUGAUAUCAUUAUUUUCUUUCGAGUUGCUCAGUUCAUUACUUCAUUUCAAUAUCACAAGAUUGUUUCUUCCAAGCUCAAUGCAGAAAGAGACACAUCUGAAGCUUCCCCUACAGAAUGUGCUGACAACACUUUGUUUAAAGGCAACAUUUGUGGACCUAUUGCAUUUACAAUGGACGAAUCAAUGUUUCAAUUGGUCAUUUCAAAAUGGCGUAUUGCAUUUGAUGGCUUGAAGGAAACAAAAAACCAUAAGUUUCUAUCUGCUGCGGGUUCUCUUAUGAAAAAUAUGAUUCGCAUUAGAUUUGGUGCUUAAGGCAUGCCAGAAGAUUCUAGGAGGCACAAACACGCGCAUCCUUCUAUACAAGUUUUUUACGAUCAGACUGAACAAGUGACACAGUUUCUCUUGAACCUAAUCAAGGUGUUUGACACUCACAAACACCCAAAAGCUGAUGAUCAUCUUUGUUGCAGUACUGGGGAUUCUUCUGAGGGUGAGCCCAGUACAACUGAUGAAGUUGAUUUUAAGGUUUCUACUUUCCUUUCAGCUUUUGCAAAUUGCAACAUCAUUCAAAAACUGUGCUGGUUCUGAAGUUUUAUAAGCAAUUCCAACCGUACCAAUCUGCUAAUUUGCAUGUUGCGGCGCAUCACUGAUGACCUGGAGCUCUCUCCAAUGCUAUAUCAGUUAUCGCUCCUCAAUAUCUAUGACAUCUUGGCUGAGCAGAGGGCAUGCCCAGACAAAGAUUAUGCAAAUAUUGUUGAUUUUUUGAAGAUGAUCCGAAGAAUGCUUAAACGAAUGAAAAACCAGCCCCUACUUUGUGAAAUUCUCUUCUGGAAGACUUGCAAAGAAUGUCAUUACAUUAUUGCUGAAUUUAUUCAUGAACUUGGCAACAUAAAGAAAAAACCGCAAUGGCAAAAUAGCUUAGAGUUGGAGAUUGGGUCAUCACAGGCCAACGGAUGGGUUCACAGAAGCAUAGCAGAUGCAUUGGGUGAUGAUGCGGAUGUUGUGAUUUCCCAUGAACUAGGGUAUCAGAAAAUGGAGAAAUUUCCUUUGAAGGAGGAAGGCAUGGCUUCUUUCAUAGUCAGCGAGUUGACGAGAAAGAAAAUUCUGAGAAGAUCGAACUGUAGUCAUCUUAUAGAAUCCCUAGACGCUGAUGGUAAAGUUUCAGCUGCUCAAGUUUCCAACAAUUGGAUGGUGGAAAAAAUUCCCGCUGCCCAGGUCUCCCGUAAACUCAAGCAACUUGGUUUGCGUCCUCACCAGAAGAGGUCUGAAAUCAUCAUUGUCAUGCUUGUUGGACACAGGAAGUCUAGGAAGCUCCAUUCAAAGCCAAGGAUGACAGGCUGGAAACAAUACAGGUUGAGAAGACAAAUGAAGAUGCUGGAAACUGUUGUACUACAAUGCUAUGGGAAGUUUGCCACAUCACUCAUGGAUGAUGAGUUGGCAGAUUCGUAUGAUGUUGCUGCUGUUGAAAUACUGAGUAGUGCUGUAAGUAAAAGGAAGCUGAGGUGGUAA